CGGCACAACACCUCCAGCCAAGAUGGCGUGGCGCUACCUGCAGCAAAUGGAUCACAAUGUGAAAUUGAGUUUUUUGUACACCCUGGCGUUUUGGUCCUCGCGCAGCAUCGUGUUUGAACAGAUCUUGUCGGGCUACGUGUUUGUGCUUACGUCUUCGAACGAGCCUGUCGGGUACAUCAAAGGAGUGCAAGGCAUUGUGCAAUUGCUGGUGGCCAUUCCAGGGGGAUACGCCAGCGACCACUGUCGCCGCGACACUGUUCUGAAAUGGUCUGGCGGGAUUGGUUUGUGCUGUGCAUUCCUCACGUUGUUUGCGCUGUUUAUGAAUCACAUGCCUCUCUUGUACGUUGUGUUUGCACUGUGGGGGGUUUUCUUCGCAUUGCAAGUGCCGGCGCUUGAAGCGCUUUUCGCUGACUCGGUUCCCCAAGGCAAGCGAGCCUUCCCAAUCACGAUCAAAUACGUCUUGACGACUGUCGCCACCAUUGUCGGUCCGUGUAUCUGCGUGGUACUAUUUCAAGUCGAAGGGGACACGUGGAACUUGUGGGAGCUGCAAAUGGUGCUGAUGGUUGGCAUGGCACUUGGGAUCCCGCCGCUCUUUUUGCUCUUUUUCUUCAACGACGAUUUGGCUUACGAAAACAGCAUCAAAGGUGACAAAAACGCCGAGCCCAACGAAGCACAGCCGCUUGUGCGCGUCAAACCAGAUGAGGCAUCGUUGGCAGCGGAACACAAUACGUUUCUGUGGUUUGGCCCGCGCCAUGUGCCGUACUUGCUGUUUGCUUCGGACUUCAUCAUUUGCAACGGCGCGGGCUUGACCAUCAAUUUCUUUCCCGUCUUUUUUCAACGCGACUACGCGAUGACCCCGUCGGAAGUGAACGUGCUGUGGGUGGCCCAGCCCCUGUUGGUCGUCGUGCUGUCGCUCGUAUGUCAGCGCUGCGCCACGUGGUGCGGCGACAUUGAAACCAUUGUCGCCACACGAGUUUUUGCAACAGGGUGCCUCGCCCUGAUGACGUACACGACGCCCCUGCGCUUCGAAGUUGGUCUCUUUCUCCUGCGGAGCGGGUUCAUGCGAUGCUCGGAACCGUUGCGGUCGUCUCUCCUCAUGGACUAUGUGCCACAGCACUUGCGCGGCCGUUGGAAUGCGCUGGAGGGACUGACCCAAUUCACGUAUUCUGGAAGCGCUAUGGUCGGUGGCUACCUCAUCGAACGCCACGGAUAUCGGUACUGCUUUCUCAUCACGGCGGCCAUUUACGGUGUCGGGCUCUUGGCCGAGUUGUUGCUCGUUCCUAUCAUCCGAAACGAUCCCAAAUCACGGUCGAAGGAGCGCAACCACUAGAUUCCUCGUGCUCAUGCUGCACAGCCAUUGGAAUAAAGAAAAUACCACCUUUUGUGCAGCUCCGGGUGGCCACGCAUGGCCAUGAAUCCCUCCCACGAGUUGUGCAGAAGGCAC